AUGACAGCAGUACAAGCACCCGUCUCCGCCCUUACUGACUCCUUCAAGGACCUCGGUGUUAACGCGCCACUUGUCGGCUAUACUGUCACCGCCGACUCCCAGAAGAGGGCAAAGAUCUAUGAGACGUCAUAUGAGCCUUCCCUCGACUGGUGGACCGCCGACCAGAAGGCUUACGUCAAGCCUGAGAACGACCCUCUCCCUGAAGGUUUCCCAGAGCAGGACCAUGCUGCUAGUGACUGGGACGGCCGAGUGUUGAUCAACCAACCCGAAAAGUUCCUCUACAAAUUCACCCCCGAGGACAUCUCUCUCAUCAACAAGGCCCACGACCACUUCAUCUCUCUCAAUCUCCACAAGGACCUCAUUUCCCCCUCCACCUUCCCCAUCCCGGAAGACUCCACCCUCUACAAGGCGCUUCGCCAUGCCGAGCACGAGAUCAACCAUGGGCUUGGGUUGCGAGUGCUGAGAGGCUUGCCGGUGGAUGAGUGGACAAGGGAGAAGCAGUUGGCGGUGUUUGCUGGUGUUUCGAGUUAUAUCUCGGAGAAGAGGAUUAAGCAGGGGUUGCAAAAUGUUGUCCAUCUUCGUGAUAUUACCAAUCUGGAUGUCGACAAGCGUCCCGCUAUCACCGUCAAGGGCCAGACUUCCGGCAACCAAGUCUACCACAACGACGGUUCUGCCGGCAUCAUCGGCCUCAUCACGCUCGGCGUUGCCGAAACCGGAGGUCUUUCCCAGCUCGCGUCGGUGGCGCAUACUUAUAACGAGCUGGCAAGGACGAGGAGGGAUAUCGUGCGCGAGCUGGCAAAGGGUGAUUGGGUGAACAAGCAGUAUCCUGACGGCAAACCCCUCUUCUUCGCCCACAACAACCGCGUCAUCUCAUCCUACUCCCGCCGCCCCUUCUUUGGUUUCUACGAAGCCGACCCCGAUGUGCCUCCUCUCCCUACGGAGAAGCAUCUGGCGUUGGAUGCGGUGCAUUUCACGGCAGAGAAGUUUGGGUUGGACUUGAAUUUGGAGAAGGGGGAUUUGGAGUAUUUCAACAAUUUGACUGUUUUCCAUGCGCGAACAUCAUCCUCCGACUCCCCCACCAACGCCCGCCACCUAGUGCGUAUCUGGCUCCAGAACCCCUCCUUCUACGCUUCCAGCAUCCCGCCCCAGCUCGCUGCUCUGUACGACAGGAUCAAUGAGGGGGAGGCGCAUGGGUGGCCGUUGGAAGCGUGGGAUAGUGUGGAUCCGUAUCAUGAGUUCAAGGAUGCGGAGCGUAAGACGCAGGAAGGGGAGGGCGAGAGGAAGGAGGGGAAGAAGGAGGGGCCGGGGGAACCUAUCAUUGCUGGGAAUGCUGUUUAUUGA